AUGAGGUUCCUCUACCUUGUCUUCGCUGUCUUCCUCCUGGCCUCCUUGGCUGUCCCAGGCUACGGGCAGGUGCAGGUCUUGAAGCACUGCCCCAAGGUGGGACACUGCUCCAGCGGCUGCAGCAAGGUGGACGUGUGGGCCUUCUCCUCCGACUGCAAGUACUACUGCUGCAUCCCACCCGGCUGGAAGGGGAAAUAG